GUGAAUCAAUCUGUCAAAAAAGCCACAUUCGGUGAUUACACAGUGCAAGCGGAGUGCAGAAGCAAUUUUUCUUCAAUUUUCUGCAUUAAAAGUUUAUUUCGGCAUUACAAACGCGUCUUCUCGUUGCCGUUUAAUUCCGUUUCGAUUCCGUUGUAUCGUUUGCCGGAAGGAAACAGUUCGGAAACACUGCACUUGAUAAGAACCUCGGAGCAACUUAGCACGAUUUGCUAGUUUCUGGAGAAGGAAGAUGUCUACAGCCGUGACGCCGAACGAUGGUGUAACCACCGGAGGAAAUCCGACCGCAAACGUGGAGAUGCCACCGGCAGAGGUGAAUAAUGUGGACGCGAACAAGGCGAGGGCCGAGGAGCUGAAGAGUCAGGCCAACGAGUACUUUAAAAACAAGGACAACGAGAAGGCCAUCAAGCUGUACACGGAAGCGAUCGAGCUGGACGGUGCCAAUGCGAUUCUGUACGCGAACCGGAGCUUCGCCUACCUCCGCCAGGAAGCGUUCGGAUACGCCCUGAACGAUGCCGUCCAGGCGAUCAAGUGCAACCCAAACUACCUGAAGGGCUACUACCGGCGGGCCGGAGCCCACAUGGCCCUCGGCAAGUUCAAGCUGGCCCUGCAGGACAUGGAACUGGUGGCCAAGCGGUGCCCCAACGACAAGGACGCCCAGCUCAAGUACACCGAGUGCAACAAAAUUGUGAAAAAGAUGGCCUUCGAGCGGGCAAUCGCCGUCGACAAGCAGGAGAAGAGCCUGAUGGAGAUGUGCCGGGACCUGGAGUCAGCGACCAUCGAAUCAGACUACGAAGGACCCAAACUGGAGGAGGGUAAAGUUACGUUGGAGUUCAUGAAGCACCUAAUGGAAUGGUACAAAAAUGAGAAGAAACUUCACAAAAACUUUGCUUAUAGGAUCCUGUGCGAUGUGGAAGCCCUGUUCAAGAAGCAGCCUUCACUGGUGGACAUCACAGUGCCGGACGAGUGUAAAUUUACCGUUUGUGGCGACAUCCACGGACAGUUCUACGAUUUGCUCAAUAUUUUCGAAAUCAACGGACUGCCCUCGGAGACCAAUCCAUAUCUGUUCAAUGGGGACUUUGUCGAUCGGGGUUCGUUCUCGGUGGAGUGUAUAUUCACUCUGUUUGGGUUCAAGCUGUUGUAUCCGAAUCACUUCUUCCUGUCACGAGGUAACCACGAGAGUGUCAAUAUGAACCAAAUGUACGGCUUCACCGGCGAGGUGGUGGCCAAGUACUCACAAACCAUGUCGGAGAUGUUCACAAUCGUGUACAACUGGCUUCCACUGUGCCACUGCAUCAAUCAGAAGGUGCUGGUCAUGCACGGCGGUCUAUUCUCGAAGGACGGAGUAUCGUUGGAUGAUCUCCGGGCGAUUGACCGGAACCGGCAACCGCCGGAGGAGGGUCUCAUGUGCGAGCUGCUCUGGUCCGAUCCGCAACCGCAGAAUGGGCGGGCCCCAUCGAAGCGCGGCGUCGGCAUCCAGUUCGGACCGGACGUGACGAAGGCCUUCCUGGCCCAUAACAAGCUGGACUACGUUAUCCGGAGCCACGAGGUCAAGGACGACGGGUACGAGGUGGCCCACGACGGCAAAUGCAUCACGGUGUUCUCGGCACCCAACUAUUGCGACGCCAUGGGCAAUUUAGGAGCGUUCAUCAACAUGAAAGGCAACGAUUUGACGCCCCAGUACAAAACCUAUGCCGCUGUUCCACAUCCCAAAGUCAAACCCAUGGCCUACGCCAGCUCGUUAAGUCUUCUGGCGUAGUACCUAGGACCGAUGGAUACUGCCAACAACAACAACACACUGUUUCCUAGUAGUAAGCAGCGGAAGCGAUCGCAGCAUGAACCAACAACGUCAUUUCCCAGUCACGGAAUGAACGCUGCCGGAAGCGUUCCUGUUCUGGUGUUUUCUAUCGGAACGGUCAUACUAAGCUAUUUCGUUGUUUAGACAACUCUGUUAGAAAUUGUAGAGGUAGGUAUCACUUUUUAAAAUUGUAUUUUUUUUAUCUCUUUUAACUGAUCCCAACGCAGGAAGUUCGAAACAUCAUUGUGUUUGAUGAAAUUAUACUAAAUUUCUUACUACCUAUCGUGUCGAGGUUUUUAGAACAAUGGUGGCCGUAGUUUGGCUUCCGGGAAUUGAUUUUUAUUUAAAACUACAGAAAUGUUCUCAAACAUACAAAAUAAAAACAAACGAAGCAGUUGUUAAAUUCUAGACUGUUAGGUUAUAAACAGCAUCUUGCAGAUGGUAAUUGGAAGAUAUAUAGGAAACAAAAUGAAUACAAAUAGUAGGUAAAUUAAAACAAAAACACAUAUGUUCAAAUCGUGAUCAAAGCAGAACAUAAGACCAACACAAACAAAAACUUCACUGUUGAACAAACACUACUACAAGUAGCAAGUAGUAAAUGAACACACAAUCACACUUCACACAUUCGUACGCAAAGAAAAAAGAAAAAAAAAAAAUACUAGCAACUAGUAGUCAAAAACCAAAAAUUCACAAUACAAUUUAAACCGUUAUGGUUGGAGAGAAACUUCGCUUUUUUUACUAAGCGGGGGACAAAACUAUUGACCCAAACUCUUUAGUGAAACAAUGUCGAGUGAGUUGCACCGAAAAAGAACAACGCUUACAACCAACUACUACUACUGCAUACAACAACGGAAGGCUUUUCAGGAAAGUCGAAUGCGUGUGUGUGCGUCUGCGUAUGUGUGUGUGUCAGUGGAUAUGGAUCAAGCAAAAUUGUGUACCCCGUGUAAGUUUUAGGAAAAACAGAAUACUGAAAUUGUACAGAUAAUAAAGCUGCAACCCAUUGUUUCAGAAAAUGGAAAAUUCA